UCGGUCACUGUAAUGUUUCAGUAAUUCUAAUGGCGAACUUGUUAUUCGUUUACGUUGUUUGGCUGUCAGUAAUUCCCCUGAGUUCUGCUGAUCUGGGAGUCGUGUUUGUAAGACCGACUGGUUCAGGAGAAGAAUGGCAGGACCAUUACUGUAUAAACUACAACCCACAUUUCCAGAAGUUACCAUACCACCGGGAACAAGCGGCCACACACAGCCUGGUGGACCUCAGUACAGACUGGGGCUGUCUUGACAGCCAUGGCUACAACAAGGUUGACGCAGAUAACCAUGUGGUUGCUGUCGCUCGCGGCAACUGUACGUUUUCUGAAAAAGCCCUCAUGGCUCAACAACACAAGUCUGCAGCCCUUCUGAUUGUCACCAAAAGUGUGCUGGUUCCCAUUGCCAACAUCACAGAGUACGGUAUGAUAAACAUCACAGUGGCUGGUAUACAGACAAAGGACUUCACACAGAUACAGAAUAUAGGGCCCAGUGUUGACCUUUUGAUGUAUUCCCCCGGACUGCGGGACGAGUUUGACCCCUGUAUGGUUGUUCUGUUUGUACUGGCUGUCGGGUGUGUCACGAUCGGAGGGUACUGGUCCGGCCUCCGACGACACGAGAGAUCUGAAAAGUCACAAAAGUCAAAAAAGAGGAAACGCAAAUCUAAAAAAGCUAAGAAUGACAAUGACGAUGACAGUGAAGAUGAAGAUGAGAGUGUUGACCUGACGUUCCCCAGCAUCAUCGUCUUUGUCCUCAUGUCUUCAACGUUUCUGGUUCUUCUUUUCUUCUUCUAUGAUUAUCUAGUGUAUGUGGUGAUAGUAAUGUUCUGCAUGGCAGGGACCGCAGGACUCUUCGGCUGUAUACAACCUCUCUGGGACUUCAUCCCUUGUAAUACCAGACUUCCAGCAAACAAAGUACCAUGUUUCUCUGAUCGUCCUCAAAUAAAGAAUAUUGUUCUGGUUCUGUUGUGUGCGGGAGUGGCCAUAUUCUGGGGGAUACAGAGACAUGAGAGUUAUGCUUGGGUGAUUCAAGAUUUCCUGGGUGUGACAUUUUGCAUCAAUAUUCUCAGAAUCAUACAGAUGCCAAACCUUAAGAUCUGUGGUAUACUGCUGCUGGCCUUGUUUGUGUACGACGUUUUCUUUGUCUUCAUCACACCUCUCAUCACAACGUCGGGCAAAAGUAUCAUGGUGGAUGUGGCCACCGGAGGUUCUAGUACAACAGGAGAACAGCUACCGAUGGUGUUCGCAGUACCGCGCCUGACCCCCUCACCUCUAAAUGUUUGUGAUCUGCCCAUGUCCCUUCUGGGCUUUGGGGACAUCAUUAUUCCAGGUCUCCUUGUCGGUUUUAACCAUGGUAUAGACCUGAAGGUUCAAAGUAGAAAGGUUUACUUUACUGCAUCUGUGAUAGGUUAUGGUGUGGGGCUGCUCUUCACCUUUGCAGCCUUAUACUUCAUGGAGACUGGCCAACCAGCUCUCCUGUACCUUGUGCCUUGUACACUUUUAACAACAAUGGUGAUUGGCUGCUGCCGGGGAGAGUUCAAACUCCUGUGGAAUGGUGAUAAAAAGUGCCCCAAGAAGGAUGAUGAUCUUCGUGACGACACAACAGAACAUGUCAUUCCGGCUACGGUACCUCAAUCCAACACUGAUGACAAUGAUAGCAUCCGAAUCAGCAUUUCAAGUUCCUCCAGUACCGAUGAACUGCUUAAAUGACUAGGAUGGAACAGGCGAGGGGAUAGCUCUGUUCUCAGGAGUGCCAGACAAGGGGAGGCAUCAUUACUUGGGUUUGGUAGAAGGUCGAGAAAUAUGGAGACCAGAGGACUCCUCGAAGACAAGAUCAGUGAUGAUGAAAUAUAUAAUGUUUGAUGAUGGGAUGGAUGGCAAUCUCUGUGUUAACAACAUUGUGUGUUUAUCGUCUUUUUGUAGAUCAAACUGUCGGCAUAUUCAGAAUCAUAGACAGUCAGGAAGAAUUCAUAACACUUUGUAACUAAAAACAAGUUUAUUAUUAUACCUUAUUCACAUAAUCUGACUUGUUUGGAUACAACAAAUAAUGCAAAAAUAUCAGCUCAUUUAGAGGAACUGGCAAGCGCACAAUCACCAUCAAAUCU